UACUACUUAACCUUGCCAUAUGGCAGCCCUGAUGCAGUGAACGCGAGAUCCUAAUUAAAUGCAUUUUGUAUUGAAGGAGAGAUAGAAGAAGAAACAUGAUAAUGUUAGACGCUCGCUCGUAGCAUGAAGAUGGCAUGGGUUCCCCUUCCCCAAUCCCAAAAUCUGAAUCUGAGGAGCAUAUUGUUGUGCGUCUUCCCAUGCUCUCUAUUCUUGUACCUCAUAUAUUCCUAUGCCACCUCCUCCUCGGUCUUCACCAUCACUCCUCAACCAUUAUUGGAUUUGGAUUACAGUCGUCACACCACCUUUGAGUUCUGCGCAAGCAACUACACCAACUACUGUCCAUGCCACGACCCUCGCAGGCAGAAGAGGUUUCCCAAGGCCAGAAUGUUCCGGAAAGAGCGUCACUGCCCACAAAGCCCUCCAGACAGGCUGACCUGCUUGAUACCCAGGCCCGUGGGCUACAAGACCCCCUUCCCUUGGCCCCAAAGCAAGGACUCCGCAUGGUUCACCAACGUUCCCUUCCCUAAGCUCGUCAACUAUAAGAAGUCUCAGAAUUGGGUCAGGUUGGAAGGUGACCGUUUUCUCUUUCCGGGAGGUGGCACUUCCUUCCCCGACGGUGUCAACGGUUACGUUCAUUCUCUCAGCCGCCUCCUUCCUCUCCCCCAUAUCAGAACAGCUCUUGAUGUUGGUUGCGGGGUUGCAAGCUUUGGAGCAGCUCUAAUGGACUAUGGUAUCUUGACAAUGUCAAUUGCACCGAGCGAUGAGCAUGAAGGUCAGGUACAGUUUGCUCUCGAAAGGGGACUCCCAGCAAUGCUUGGAGUGUUAAGCAUUCAUAGGCUCCCAUUCCCUUCAAGUUCAUUUGACAUGGCCCACUGCUCCAGAUGCCUUGUCCCAUGGACUGAUAAUGAUGGGCUUUACUUAAGAGAGAUGGACCGGAUUUUGCGGCCGGGUGGAUAUUGGGUGCUGUCGGGGCCACCCAUAAAUUGGAGGGUGAACUACAAUGCAUGGGGAAGAGAGGCUAAGGAGUUGGAAAAGGAGCAGAGCAUGUUGGAAGAGCUUGCAAUGGAACUGUGUUGGGAAAAAGUUGCUGAGAGCGAUCAGUUUGCUGUAUGGCAAAAACCUUUAAAUCAUAUGGGCUGCAUACACAAGUUGAAGACAUGGGGGAGACACCCCAAGUUCUGCAACUCAUCAUCAGACCCUGACCCUCAUGCUGGAUGGUAUACAGAAAUGAGUGCAUGUAUUUUUGCUAUUCCAGAGGAGAAGGAUACGCAUCGACCGAGGGUUAACUUUGAUGAAGAUAAUAGGAGAUGGAGAAGGAGAGUAUCCCGUUACGGGGAGAUGUUAAAGUCCCUGUGCUGUGGUAGAUAUCGGAACGUUAUGGAUAUGAAUGCUGAGUUUGGUGGAUUUGCAGCAACAAUGGCGGAAAUGAAAUAUCCAGUUUGGGUUAUGAAUGUUGUUCCCGUUGAUGCAAAAGGCAACAUCAACAAUAAUAGUCUUCCCAUUAUCUUUGAACGUGGCCUUAUUGGGACUUACAUGGAUUGGUGUGAGGCCUUCUCAACAUACCCGCGAACAUAUGACUUGAUACACGCAUGUGGUAUAUUCAGUAUGUAUAAGGACAAGUGUGAUAUUAGUGAUAUUCUAAUCGAGAUGCAUCGGAUUGUUCGUCCCAAAGGAGCGCUUAUUAUUAGAGAUGAUAGGGACGUAGUUAUGAGAGUGAAAGAAACAACAGAUGCAAUGAGAUGGAAUGGAACAUUACUGUCGUCGGGUGAUAGUGAUGAGAAGGAAAUGAUUCUGCUUGUAGACAAUGCAUAAUGCCAUUAGCAUUAUCUGGGUUUUUGUAACCUUGUCUCUCUCUUUCUUAGCAGCCAGUAGCUAUGGCUUACACUUGAAGUUACUGCUUGUACAUGACUCAUGAGGGAGCUAGCAUGCCAUAGGAUGCGUACUACAAGCAAUGAAGAAAAAGUGGUCAAAAUGAUUCAAGUAUAAUACACAAUUAUUCUUAUGAGUUCAUAUUACACCAAACGAUUUUU